AUGGGUUUUGAAAACAAAUCUGCAGUAUCCCUCAAGAGAAAACAGAUGUCCGAAAUAGACAACGAAGAUGUUAUUGACUGCAAUGACUCAGUAUCAUCUCCGGCACCAUCUACAUCGUCAAUUAAUUCAGAAACGCGAUCGGUAUCGAUUUCACCGUCGAUUUCUGUUUCCAAGCAAUCUAAGAUUGAUUUAACAUUUGAAAAACAAAAGUCGUAUCAAGGUAUAAAAAUUGUCGGUGUAAAAUUGUUGAAUCGUAUGACGUUAAUUCAAUUCGUAAACACUUGCGGUGUUUGUGAGGAAAUAAUAGAUAAUAAUAAAAUUUCUAUUCAUAAAUGUGUAGAAGGCUACAAACAAGUUUAUAUCGAUGCAAAUCGAUAUUUUUAUCCAAUUUGUGAUAACGGACAAAUAAUACGGCGAAGUUUAAUAAAUAAUACAGAAAAAAUUGUAAGAAAGAGAAUAGAUGAAAUAUCAAUCAUCAGUGAAGAAUCAUCAGAGACGCAUAGUAAUUUUCUAGAUUCCACGGAUAUAGAAGAAUUACUAAUUGAAGAAGUCGCAAAACACGAAGUGCUAUAUAAUUAUAGUUUACCUAUCCAAGAGCGUAAUAGAUAUGUAAUUAGUGAAAUAUGGACAGAAAUUUCAAAGGCUUUAAAUGGUCGUUUAGAUCCAAAGCAAGCUGCCAAAAAAUGGAAAACUUUACGAGAUAGCUAUUCUCGUGAGCUGGCAAAAGAAAAAUUACCCAGUGGAUCAAGACGACCUACUUUAAAACGGAAGUGGAAAUAUUUUGACCGAAUGAAUUUUUUACGCGAUACCAUAUAUACAAAGAAAACAUCUGAUAAUCUUCUUGACGGUGAUAAUCUCGAUGGUGAAAAUAAUAAAGAAAAUAUACCACAAAAGAGAGGACGAAUUUCGGCCAUAUCAACAACUCAGCAUCAACUUCAAUUACUGCAAUCAGCGCUGUUCCAGAACCUGUACAAUUGCCGAUAUUGCCACUUCCAGACAAACAGGAUGAAGUCGAUGGUCUAA